CUUUUAUGAAUCAUUUAUUUACGUUGUCAGAUUUCUGCUGAUCUGAUUAUUUUUGUGUUCUCGCUAUUGUGCACGAACUAUAUAUUUUAUAAUUCGAAACAUUUAAAGUAAAUGUAGAUUUAUUGAAAAAUGUUAGGUAAUUUUAAAAACGUCGGCGCAUUCGUGCGCGACUGCAAUGGUACUACGUUGAAAUACGAUCAGGCAUGUUUGGAGAUUAUAACAAACGAGAAAAUUACUUUCUGGAGCCAAUAUGAAGUCUGUGAGGAUUGCAUGUUGUUGGAAACAAAGAAAUUAUCGUCAACCGGCGCUGUUGUGAUCGAAACUGAGAGUUCUUUGCGCUACGCUAUUAAAAAUGCCAAUGGACUUAUAUGUAAUGGAACAUAUCGGUUUGGUGAAUUUGGCCAGUACAGUAUCAAUGUGACGGAGUUGACGAAGGAUGAAUGUACUCCGAGGAUGACCGCUGAACCAGAUGCAGCCUACCUUCCGAUACUGACCGCAGCUGUUGUACUACUAUCUAUGGCUACACUGUGGUAUAUUAUCAAGGGUAUCGGCAAACGAGUAGUCGCUGGUAGAUUUUAUGCCAGAUAUUUCGCAAGGGAGGACAAUGAACUGGGUUCGGAGACGAGGGUGCUGACUACGGAGGCGAGCGUCCCAAGGUCACCGACAAGGUCACGGCUGAGGUCACUCGAUAUAUUCAGAGGGAUCGCGAUAGCACUUAUGAUCUUCGUGAACGCUGGUGGCGGGGGUUACGCGGUCUUCUCCCACGCUGUGUGGAACGGUCUGACGGUGGCGGACUUGGUAUUCCCAUGGUUCGCGUUCACAAUGGGGGAGGCCAUGGUGUUGUCCCUCAACGCCAGGCUGAGGACCUCGCUGCCGAGGGUCAACGCGCUUGGACAGGUCGCAAGGAGGUCUCUUCUUCUGUCCCUGAUCGGCAUCUGCCUGGGAUCAGUGAACACGAACUGGUCCUACGUUCGGUUCCCGGGCGUGCUACAGCGACUCGCUGCUAUGUACUUGAUUGUUGGGUCUUUGGAGUGUGCUUUUAUGAGGACCAGCCAGAAUAUUAUACCAGGUCGGUCGCUGUUCCGUGACAUCGCUGCCGGUUGGCAACAGUGGUUGGCCACCGUGCUGAUGGUAGCUGUACAGCUGUGUAUAACAUUGACGGUCGCUGCCCCCGGGUGUCCCGUGGGGUACUCGGGUCCCGGGGGGCUGCAUAGGACAGCGACCGGGGACUUCUCCCUCCAGAACUGCACAGGUGGCAUAGCUGGUUAUAUUGACAGGCUCAUCCUCGGCCCGAAUCAUUUGUACCAGCACGGGACCUUCAAGAGCAUCUACCGCACCCAGCUACCCCACGACCCUGAGGGUAUCCUGGGCAUACUGUCCGGGGUUCUGGUCGUCCAAGCCGGGGCCCACGCCGCCAGGAUCAUGCUCGUGUAUAACCAUGCCAGAGCCCGCAUCAUGCGUUGGGUUUUCUGGUCUGUGAUGUUCGGCGUGGUGGGCGGCCUGCUCUGUAAGUUUUCGGAGGGCGGGUACAUCCCCGUCAACAAGAACCUGUGGUCUGUGUCGUAUUGCCUGGUGACGUCAUCGAUGGCCUUCUUCAUCCAGGCGAUCUUGUACUUCGUGGUUGAUCUGAAGAACAAGUGGGGUGGACGACCCCUGUACUAUGCGGGUCAGAACGCGCUCUUCCUCUACGUCGGGAGUGAGCUGCUUAAAAAGCACUUCCCCCUCCACUGGCACCUCCCCUCCCCUAUCCACGCUCAGCUGCUCACCGCGAACGCAGCCGCGGCUCUCAUGUGGCUGGCGGUCGCUGUGGCCCUGCACAGGAAACGCGUCUUUAUUACUCUGUAAUAGCUAACAUUAUAGAAUAUCAAUUGUUAUAAACCAUGGAGAUAGCGUAAAUACGAAAUGUAUGAAGAUAUAUCUUAAAACCAAUACUGUCAUAUGUUUUGAUUAAAUUGUCUUGUUUAUUUAAUUAAUAUAUGGAUACCAACAAUAAUAACCUUUAUUAUGUAGAUGUUAAGAACUAUAUUGUAUAUAACUUGUAACAGUAUAAAGACAUGUUAGGAUAUCUUUUAUAUUUUUGUCGAAAUUUUGCGUGUCGGUGCUAAGAAAGUUUAUUAAAAUAAAGACAGUUUUUUCUUUCA